AUGACUACCAACUUGCGAGGGGUUUUCCGAAACUACCGGUUUCUGAUCGCCGCACUCACAGCGGUGAUGCUGAUCCUGCUGCUUCACUCCUCCAGCAAUAGGCUGUCCGCGGCUCCAGCAGUGCCGCCCAUUGCAGGAGACAAGCCAGCUAAGCUAGCCUCAUCCAAGGGAAAGCCGGUGGCCGGGGACGGCGCUUCGAACUCUGGGCACGAUUCCAAGCCCGCGCUGAAGACGCCAAAGUGCGGUAAAGACCACAAGUACGUGGUGAUGAUCGAUGCUGGCUCUACUGGUUCUCGUGUACACGUAUAUGAGUUUGACGUAUGCACUGAGCCGCCCAUACUGGUGGGUGAGAAAUUCAAGAUGCGCAACCCGGGUCUAUCAUCUUUUAACGAUGACCCUGUUGGCGCAGCGAAGUCGCUCGACGAGCUGCUCGACUAUGCUACGAGCGUGGUGCCAAAGGACAAGCGCAACUGCUCGCCAGUUGCCGUGAAAGCGACUGCGGGGUUGCGGAAGCUUGGCGACGAGAAAUCGUCGCGAAUCUUGGAGGCAGUCCGCAAGCAUCUGGAGCAGGACUACGAGUUCCCUGUUGUCGAUGAAGGAGUCAGCAUUAUGAGCGGUGCGGAUGAGGGCGUGUACGCCUGGAUUACGACAAACUACUUGCUGGGCAACAUUGGCACGGCUGAGAAGCAGCAGACAGCUGCAGUAUUUGAUCUCGGAGGCGGAUCCACCCAGAUUGUGUUUGAACCCGAGUUUCCGUCGAAAGAUAUUCAGAUGGAAGAAGGUGACCAUAAGUACAAUCUCAACUUUGGAGGCCACCAGUAUACUCUAUAUCAGUUUUCCCACCCCGAAUUUGGGCAGAUGGAGGCCAGACGUAAAGUCAACGAGCACAUUCUCAAGACUGCGAUUUCCUCAGGAACAGUCAAAGCAGGCGAAACCGCCAAAACACACACACUGGUUUCCCCCUGCUUCCCUCCAGACGUGAAAACCAAGCCCGAAACGGUGGUUUUUGGGGAGAACAAGUACACAGUUAUCUUUGAAGGUCCUAUCGAACCUGCGCCUGCUGAAUGCCGCUUCCUUACAGAUGAUAUUUUGCGCAAGUCUGCCACCUGUACGGUGCCACCCUGCUCUUUCAACGGUGCGUAUCAGCCAUCCCUAAUUAGGAAUUUCAACCGCCACGGCGACUUGUACGUGUUUUCCUAUUUCUACGACCGUACCCACCCGAUUGGCCUACCCCCCUCUUUUGAACUCCGCGACUUGCUGGAGCUCACCCGUCUCGUGUGCAUGGGGAAGCCCGUUUGGAAGAGUGUUUUCAGCGCCAUCGAAGACGCGGAAGCACAGCUAGAGAAAGAACCACACUGGUGCAUGGACCUCAACUACCAGGUCUCGCUCCUGAAUACCGGUUACGACAUUCCGUUCUAUCGUGACUUUAAAACUGCGGCCAAAAUCGCCGAAAAUGAGUUAGGGUGGUGCCUAGGCGCAUCCUUACCAUUGCUUACAUCGGAUACCUGGAAGUGUAAAAUCAGCGAGCAGUGA